AUUUAUGCAGCGUGUGAUGCGACAACCGAUUGCCGCACAAAAUGUGACGGGAGUCAAAGGCGCAGAUGGCAACGACACCGCAUCGUCAUCUUCGAUGCCCGCCACGGUUUACCCGCAGCAACAGCAGCAACAAAUAUCCAACAUAAUCGCAUCCCUCCCCGUGGGAACACAGGAUCAGGCGAUGGAGAUGGUCAAGUUAAUUGAAGAGCGUCGUGCUCGCGAAGACUCCAAGUUGUGCAACUUCCAGCGCAUCUACCCCACAACGAACGCCGCACAUCAGCUCAUAUACGAAGCCAUCCUUGCGCAGGCCCGAACCCAGUGUGUCUCACCGCGGCCAGCGUGGGUGAGUUCGCCGACACCAGCAUCGCCACAGGCAAUAGAGGAGCGUUCCCGGCGUUUUGAUGCCUCAUCGGUGGGUUUUGCCACGCCCCAACGCAUCACCCCAGCGGCAAUGAGCGUGAGAGACCGAAGUAAUUUACCGACACCUUCUGAAUCAGCCACAGAUUCCCUAAAUUUACCCUCAAAUUCUUCUACUCUCUCGAGAGGGCAACAAAUGCAGAAGCUUUGUGAAGAAAUGAAGCAAACUCAGCGCCAUGCCAAAACGACCCCGCGGACCGCUCAUGUUAUCAACCACACACUUCAAAAUAACGGUGGGGCCGGCAACGAAAACCAACACUCUACGGAUGUACCGUUGAAUUCACCAUCAUCGGCCGAAAAGGCAACGAAUAUCUUGGCACAGGAGAGGAAGCGUCCGGUGCUGGCCCGUCUAUCUGUGAUGGGAGAUGCUGAAGGCCCUUCAAGAAAGUUACAUGUCAUCACCGCGAGACUGACGCCCUGUGGACCCCCUAACGUAAUCUCCGUUGACAGCUCUGCCACAAACACAGAGCGGAUUGAAGCGAUGCGGAGUCUGCAGGAGCGUCUUGAUCAGGAAGCUGAAUGUGAGCACUCUCCGUCCUCUGGGAGUGCCGAUGAAAAUUCAUUUGGCUUGGAUGAGGAGUAG